AUGUCUGAGACGUUUCUGGGGGAUGUCGGUCAAGUUGGUGCCGAGGUGAAGAGUGCCUGUCCGCAGAAAUUACUAGGAUGCCUGGUUUUUAUUCUGUCUGCUUGUGAGGUGCGAUUUGUGGUUGAACUGUUCCAACUGAUGGACAUUGACGAGCGACGGAAUUUGGCCAAGAUGCGCAUCUGGCUGGAAGAGAGCUACUCCAUUCCAGCACUGGCUUGGGAUCCCGAGGACUACGGAGGACUGGAGCUAAUCCAGCUGGCGCCCCUCUCAGUGUGGACUCCAGACAUUGUGUUCCGGGAGGUGUCCAGCAUAGAGCACGACGCGAACACGCAACAGGGCAUCUACCAGGACGGAACAGUGACUAGUAGAUCCACUGUGCUCACUCUCAACACAUUCUGUCCAGUCAAUAUCAUCAAGUUCCCCUUCGACACUCAGGAGUGCACCAUAUCAGCGGGACAGUGGAUGAGCAGCAACCGGUCUUACGUGCUCUCUGGCUACUAUGAGGUGGCCAGUGGAAGAUAG